AUGGCCCACAUGCAGCUGCGCACUGUCCGGCAGCUGGUGGGACGCUUCUACAUUGCCCACUGGACUGCUUUGUACUACAUCCAUGGCCUUCGGCCUUCUCCUCGCCAAGGACCUGGUUCCUCGCCAGUGGGCUCCAGUCGUUUGGCCAGGGCCUUCUCCUCAGAAGUUGGCGGAAUUCUAUCGAAUCGACCCAGAGCGGAACAGAUGGAGCGGAUGACCCGCCUGGACGCCACUCCCACGCUGCCAGCGCCGUGUGCAGCGCCCCGGUGCCGGGCACGGCGAGCGGCGUCCGCGGGGUUGGCUUCCGACUGGACGGACUGA